AGGCAGCUCAACAGAACUAACAUCAGAAUUGAAACAAUGGGGAAGAAAAGCCAAUGCCGACGCAAGUUGCUUUCACAUUUCUUCCUCUUACUUCUUUCCCUCUUCCCCGCUCUUUCUCUCUCUGAAUCCUUUGAUUAUGAAGAUGCUCUGUCCAAGAGCCUCCUCUACUUUGAGGCGCAGCGCUCCGGCCGCCUCCCCUACAACCAGAGAGUGCGGUGGCGCCACCACUCCGGCCUCACCGACGGUCUCGAGCAAGGGGUGGACUUGGUGGGAGGCUAUUAUGAUGCUGGCGACAAUGUGAAGUUUGGUCUGCCAAUGGCCUUCACCAUUACAAUGCUUUCAUGGGGUGUUCUUGAAUUCCGGGAUGAAAUUGCCGCCGCCGGCGAGCUCCGCCACGCCCUUGAUGCGAUCAAAUGGGGAACUGAUUAUUUCAUCAAAGCACACACUCAUCCUCAUGUUCUAUGGGCUCAGGUGGGUGAUGGCGACACCGAUCACCUGUGCUGGCAGCGGCCGGAGGACAUGACGACGUCCCGCCGCGCAUACAAGUUGGAUGAGGACAAUCCCGGGUCCGAAGUGGCGGCGGAGACAGCAGCGGCCAUGGCAGCGGCCUCCAUCGUGUUUAGGAGAACAAACCCACAUUACUCCCACCUUCUAUUGGAGCACGCACAACAGCUGUUUGAAUUUGGGGACAAGUAUAGAGGUAAAUAUGACAAGAGUAUAGGAGGAGCAAAGGGGUAUUACACGUCGGUGAGCGGGUACAUGGACGAGUUGUUGUGGGCUGCUUUGUGGCUAUAUAAGGCCACCGACAACUCCAAUUACCUCAAUUAUGCUAUUCAAAACGCCCUUCCCUUUGGUGGGAUCAGUUGGGCCAUCACUGAGUUCAGCUGGGAUGUUAAGUACGCCGGUCUCCAAAUCAUUGCCUCUACGUUGCCGAUGGAAGGUAAAAACAAUCAACAGCAGGAGAUCCUCCAACAAUACAGGUCCAAGGCAGAGCACUAUAUUUGUGCAUGCUUGAACAAGAACAAUUCCACUAAUGUGCAACGCACCCCAGGUGGACUCCUCUACACCCGCCAAUGGAACAACAUGCAGUAUGUUUCAACUGCUGUUUUCUUACUCACAGUCUACUCUGAACACCUCCAUGCCACCAAUCAAAUGCUCAACUGCCCCACAGAUUCAGUGGGAUCCCAUGAGAUCCUCUCAUUUGUCAAAUCACAGGUGGCCUACAUUUUGGGCUCCAAUCCCAUGGGAGUAAGCUACUUGGUUGGCUAUGGACCAGCCUAUCCCAAGAGAGUGCACCAUAGGGGUGCAUCCAUGGAACCAUACAGAGAGAGCAAGGUUUUUGUAGGGUGCACUCAGGGUUAUGAUCACUGGCAUGGUCGCCAGGAUCCAAACCCGAAUGUUCUUGUCGGAGCCCUGGUUGGUGGACCUGAUAGCAAAGAUGAAUUCGUCGACAGACGGGGAAACUUUGUGCAAACUGAGGCUUGCACUUACAACACUGCUCCACUGGUCGGUGUUUUCGCCAAACUGAAUGCACUAGAAAAGGGUAGCUCCAAUUCUACUGCCUCUGCUGGUUUCUCACUGGUUUCUUCAAUAUAAAAAGUAAGAGAAUGUAUACAAAUUGGGGGGAUUCUUUAGUAUAGCCAGUAAGGUUAUUGUAUCUUCCAUAAGAUUAAAAUAUAACGUCUUUGAAGAAAUUAUGAAGGUGAAAAAAGAGUGAUAGACUUCAAGAAAAGGAACUUGAGUCAUUUUUGUUUUGUAUUUCUGUUGAAUCAGAAAUCCAAUGUCUAUUUCAAUAGAGUGCCUGAACAUGGCACAUGGCGGAAGAUGCCAAUUAUUCAGAACAGUGUUAUAUAUAUAUAUAUAUUCAUAUUAGGGAAUGGUAUUUAA